AUGAGAUAUCACAUCGCUGCCACAGGGAUCUCCGUGGUCUACGAGCCCGAGCAUGGGCCGCCCGUCGCUGACAUCGUGCUCGUGCAUGGCCUGCAUGGACAUCCGUAUAGAUCAUGGACCGGCGCCGAACCACGCGUGCCCGACUCGGAGUCCUCGUCGCUGCUCCUGCCCGAGGCCUCGCUCGACAGCAACGAUCGCGGGCGAGAGGCCCUGCAGCGCAUGUUUUCUGGGCUGAGCACGAGUUGCUCGAAGCGGUCCUCCUCGGCGCCCCUGAGGUCUGGGGGAUACCCGUCUCUCGAGAGAGUGCCCGAAACGAUUGACGGCAGUCCUGCCUCUGUGUUCUGGCCCGCCGACCUGCUGCCUCGGGAAUGUCGGGACUCCCGAGUUCUCAUGUUCGGCUACGGCUCGGAGAUCACGAAAUACACGGCCGGCCAGCGUGAUAGAAAUACACUCCUUUCGCACAGCAGGGCCCUUUUGUGCUCCCUCGCCAGAGAGCGAUGUAUCGACCGCCCCUUGAUUUUUGUUGCGCACAGUCUUGGUGGGAUUGUCGUGAAAGAGAUGCUGGCGAGGUCAUCAGAAUCUCUCGAAAAGGAUCUCAACAACGUCGUUGAGUCCACAGCUUCAGUCAUCUUCUUGGGCACGCCACAUCGCGGAAGCCCAGAGCUUGCAUCCCUCGGCGAAUUUACCCUUGAUGCCCUUGGCCUGAAGACUGGUUAUCUUGAGCGCGCCAGGGAAACCUUUUCGAAGUUAUGGUAUAAGCACGACUUCCGGGUCAAGACUUUCCAAGAAGGCCUGGAUUUGGCGGGCAUCAGAAUCGGUACUCCUGGGAACAAGGUGGUGCCAGACGUCUCUUCGCUGAUUGGAGACCCUCGUGAGCGUGCCGAGACGCUGCAGGCGAACCACGAGGAGAUGUGCCGGUUCACUGGGAGUAAUGAUCCUAGCUACCGCAAAGUCGUUGGAGAGAUUCGUUCGGUAUAUGCCUCACUGAAGCAUCUCAACACGCAAAAUGUCCACCGUAGAGGUCGUAUACAACGCAACGGUAGUCGCCCUCUGGGUUACGGCACUGGCUUAAAACUAGAGCCAUGCAGAGGAGACCGAGCCGAUAAAAACACCGACGAUGAGAGGUCGUGCCUUCAGAGCUUGUGCUAUCCGAACAUGUACACCCACAGACAGAACAUUGAAUAUCCCAGCGAAGGGUCCUGCUCCUGGCUUUUCAAACACAAAACUUAUCAAGACUGGUUCCACAAUGAGAAUCGACAUGGACACGAGGGAUUACUCUGGCUGAAAGGGAAUCCCGGGACCGGCAAGUCGGUGCUGAUAAAGGAGGCAUUCCGCCGAUCGAUCGUCGCCCAGACUCAUCUCAACCACUCCACUGCCGCAUUCUUCUUCAACGCGAAAGGCGGUGAAAUGGAGCAUUCCCCUCAGGGCCUCUUCAGAUCCCUGCUGCACCAACUUGCGCAAGGCAACAGGGACUUGCUCCUCGAUUUUGCCAAGCUGUGGAGGAACAAGGUUCGUCACAUGGAGGAUGCUGCGGCAAGCACGGUUAGGUGGACCGAACACGAACUGCGAUUCUUCUUCCAGAACAAUACAGCGAGGCGUCAGUCUCAGCGUCGAGUCAUCAUCUUCAUUGACGCCUUGGACGAGUGCGACCAGGAAAAGGUUCGCCUCCAAGCCUACUUUUGGCGCCAACUGACGCAUUCGAACCCACAUCUGAGCGUCUGUCUUUCCAGCAGACACUUUCCCUCUUUUGCCGUCAUCAAUUGUCCAGAGAUAACAGUCGAAAGCCACAACGCACUCGAUAUUUCCGCCUAUAUAGAGCAUAGGUUUAAGCUCGGCGGCCUUGCAAGACCAAGAAACCGGAAGCUGUUGAGAAAGGCAAUCAUGGACAAGUCCAACGGGGUGUUUCUCUGGGUCAUCCUCGUGGUUGACGAGAUACUCACCAGCUGGGACGAUGGAAAAAACAUUCACUACCUGUUGGAGCAGGUUAAUGCCGUCCCUCGUGCCCUCCAGGCCUUUUACUCUCGAAUGUUCGGCUCACUGAGCCCAGCCGAGACGCAGGUGACCCUACGACUAUUCCAGUGGGCCACUCUCGCAACCAAACCUCUUUGUCUCGACGAAUGGCGCCACAUAUUAGCAAUUACCAGAAUACCGUCGCCGCAGUCCCUGCCAGAGUGGCGCAGAUCGGAUUAUUUCACAUGUGACGUCGAACAAUUGGAGAGUCGAAUUAAAAGUAUAUCGAAAGGUUUACUCGAAGUGACUAAAGCUGGAAGCAACGCUUUUGAUACUGUUUCCAUGCACGCCAGGGCUGGCUCUUUGGACCUAGAGCAGGAAGAGACCCGAACCGUCCAGGUGAAACACGAAUCGGUCCGCCAGUUCUUUUUGUAUGGAGACGGUUUCAUGAAUUUGGAUCCGAGUGUUGGGCCUAGUUCCGUCGGCAAUGGCCAUUUAUCCAUCAUGUCCAGCUGCCUCGAUUACUUAGAGAUGAGUGAGCUGGAUGCCCUCGUGGAUGGACACAAGCCGUCCGGUCAAAACGAAGCUCGGAAAAGAGAAGACAUGCUGCUUGCUACCGAUUCGGACACUGGAGACAGUUCUUCUUCUUGGCCUUCUACGCAGCCGGAUACCCCUUACUCGCUCCUGGCUCUAGACAUGAGCCAAUCUUUGAAGCUCCAGAGCAGGGAACAUUUGUCGGCCCAACCGGAGGCUCAUCCAACCGAAGACCCGCUACGGGGCUUCCAGGUUGAGGACGCGGAGCACAGGCCCAUCUACCUAUCUGCAAAUGAGCAACCUGUUGAAACUUUCAGCAUCAGCGCCGACAAGUGGAUUGCGAUAACACAAUGCUCCUCUGAACAAGCGUCGAUCGACGGGUCAACAGAGUUGUCCGAUGCACAGUCCUCAGUCCCUUUAGCCUCUGGAAGGGUCAAAGACUGUCCGGCACUCGUCUCAUAUGCGACGCAGGAAUUCUUCAACCACGCCCGGUUGGCAGAGUCGGACCUCGCAGACCCAAGCGCUCUAAUCAAGCGCCUGGUAAGUGACGGAGCGUGGAGCCGCUGGGCAGCCCUCCGGGACGAUAUUCCCACAGAAACUUCUCUGUCAAUGUUUGUCCGUGAUAUCAGGCUUCAUUCAUGGAUUCAAGAGGCCCGCGAGCUGGAGAGCCACGAACUUGAGAAGAGGCUGGGAAGACAUAGAGCCGCCGAGCCGUGGCAGGAAGCCAAGGCCGCCUUCGUCAAGAUCCUCAAAGUGGUAUAUGAUAAGCAAUGGUUCAGCCUGCACAGUCAAUGA